AUGUGGAAAUUUUUUCCAAAUAGUGUGUAUAGAAUAAAAAGCAGCCUAACUGCGAUAAAUAACAGCCAACUACUCAGUCCACACUGCUUCAUGAAAGUAGUUGCCAAGGGAAAUGCUAAUAUUGUUAUAGAUUAUGGCAAUCCCAAUUGGUUGUACCGGUGCUGUGUGCGUUACGAGAAUUCGCUGAAGUGCAAUAAUGAUUAUAGCUUGGAAAAUUAUCAGUACAUCAAGAGCACGGUGGAGCCUUUACUCAAGGGGACGUUGUGUGAUAUGGAGUUGAAAACCAUAAGCCUAGAACUCUUGAAGCCUGUUAUCAGCGAAUAUAUUGCCCAGAUGGACGAUACAAAAGUUCUGGUCAUCAAAAUGCCCAAUCUUAAAUCUAAAGAUCUUGAUAAGCAGAUCUAUGCCGAUCAUUAUACAAAAAUCUACGCUUCAAAUGACUCAAGAUGUGUUUUAUGGGAAUUCAAACCCAAAUGGCUUCAUAGUGUCACAGAUUAUUGUCGAAAUUGUACUCAUAGUACCAUGAAGGGACGUGAAAUGCGCUAUUGCUAUGCUUUGCUCCAUCGGGAUCACCAACAUCUUGACAAAGUACUGGCAGCUGUAACUUCAAUCCCAUUACAGUGUGGAAAGGAACUGUUUCGUUACUUUCGUGAUGAUAAAAACGUUCUGGCAACCCUCUAUGAAGCUCAGAUGAAUCUCAGCCAUCGAAAACUGGAAGAGAUUGAAUCUGUUACCGAUGUGGAUGAGGAAUUACUGCUAGCGAUGACAUUGAAAGACGUAACAUGCUUCAUAGAGUGGCGGUCUGACACAGAUCGUUUGCGUGUAAAUGUGGUGGACGCUGACUUGAAGCCAAAAGAGAAAUUCCAGCACUGGUUGAAGACGCACCAUCAACUAGAGGCACAAGAAAUUAAGCACUAUCAUUAG